AGUCUUUUUUUGGUUAGAUCUUCGGGUAUAUAUAAAGCUGGCUUCGCUGUAGAUUAGCAAGCAUUCCUGCACUUCAGUCAGUUAUAAUUCAAACUAAACUCAACAAAAUGUUCAAAAUCUUUUUCUUGUUGUUCGCUGCCUUGUUGGCUUUGGCCACAGCUGCUCCCUCUCCAGUAGCCUCUCCUGAACCAGCUCCAGCACCUGGCCCUCAAGUAUACUAUAGUGGUUAUCCUGCCUAUGGUUAUGCUGCUCCCGCUGUUUAUUAUGGUUGAAUGGAAUUCUUUUACUUGAUAUGGAUUUUACGGAAUGGAUAUUAACUUGUAAUAACUUUGUACCUAAGGUUUUGUUUUAAUAAAUUUGUUUAACUAAAUGCAUUCAUAAAAAAAACUUGGAGUACAUUUA